AUGAGCAGAGAGGAAGCGGAGGAAAGUUCAGGCGCUAUUCAUGGCUGGGGUUUCACUCCAACUGGAGAUCCUCCUCCUGUUUCUGUCGCAUCGAACGGUCAAACUAAAUCUAAAUGUCUACCUGAAAUAAUUUCUAAGGGCUGGAAAAGGUCAACGCUAUACGGAAUUUUACUUUUCUUGAUGAUUCUCAUUUUUUUGAAUAUAGCCUUAACACUGUGGAUAGUUAGUGCACUACGUUUAAGUAUGAAAGGUAUCGGUCCUAUAAAAAUAAUAAAGGAUGGAAUUCAGCUUGAGGGACAAGCUUGGAUCUUAGACAACUUGGUGGCCUCCACAAUAACAUCACAGAUCGCUCAACCCAUCACUCUACACUCAUUCCGCAAUUUCACCGUUCUUGUCUCAGAGCCAAAUCACGGGGAAAUUGCGAAAAUGUUUAUAAAAAGGAACAAUAUUGAAUACAGUGGAAAAAAGUUUGAAGUACAUGACGCUAAAGGUGCAAAUGUUUUCCACGCGUCACGUGAAGAAGUACGUGUAUUUGCUGACGCAUUUGCCGUAGACGGUGAAGGCGGACUCACUGUGAAUAGUGCAAUUCAAGCACCGCUUAUUCGAGCACCGCCAAGCUCUAAAUUGCAAUUGGAAUCUCUGACUAGACGACUAGAUUUAAGAGCGCCACAAUCCAUUUACCUCGAGAGUAGAGCUGGUGGCAUUGAAAUCACGGCACACAGUAAUAUUCAUCUAGAUUCUAUAGUAGGAGCUAUCAAAAUCGAUGCUCCGAAUAUAGUAAUCGACAACUUGAAGAUAGCCAAUAGAACGAUCAAACCUCAAAAAUAUAACAGAGCUAACAAAGUAUAUCAACUUUGCGCAUGUGCGUCAGGAAAACUUUUUCUAGCCACACCAGACGCUUUAUGCACCAUACCUGAAAAUGACACGGAACUGUGUCGAUAA